UCGACGAACAGAAAACAAAGCCAAACUAACAUCCAUCAUGGGCCGGAAACCUCUGUGCAGUAAGCACCCAUCGUUCCACCAGCUCGCUCAAAGUGCCUGGGCAACAGUAACUCGAACAUCCGUGCUCUCAUCGUCUAUUCCAACAGACCCUCACUCAGCGUAGAGCAUUCACUGAUGCCUACCCAUUCGUACCUGCCCACACGUUUGCUCACGUCCGCCAUGUCGUCAUGCGCCUGGCUCCCUCGCCCCAAGUUAAUUUAAAAGCCCGUCUGAAAUUUACUCCGCACAACCUCCUUCGCGACCAUAACACCCCACCCCCACCACCCAGAGCUUGACGCACGAUUUUCACAACCACGACACCGCCGCAGCCGCCGCCGGCAUACUCGCAUCGGCUACCUUGAUUUCAGUGUUGGACAGUCACCUUGAGUUUAAAAUCGCAUCGAGCAGAGCUGUUCCAGACACGCAUUCGCCUAGGCCCGUGGAAUUACUUCGUAAGUCACCUCCGAUUCAAGGUAAUAGUGCGAGGACACAAUAGCAGACCGCUCUUCCAUCUCCCAUUGUCAUCCUUGUCUCCAACAAGUAUAAUAACCUCAGGCACCAGGCUGCUGAGUACUGCUUUCUCACCCACCUAUAAAUCCCCCAUCAACCCCGCCCACUACUCGCCCGGUUACCCUCAAAAUCCACGGCGCACGGUAGACGCUCCUUGCACGACAAACAAACAUCCUUGCGAGGUAGGUCUCUUCAUCUCCUUCUUUCGUGUGUUUACCGCGCUGGCUUGGAGCGGUGAACAUCUCCAUUCGACUCGCCAAUCUCAAUCGCCCGAUUCUCUUGCGGUGCUUGCCACUUGCGAUAGGUUUCUCUGACACUAACGAACUACAGCAACGACAAUCGCUGUCGUCACCUGGUCUGUGAUACCUCCACUUACUCACACACUCCCAUCGCUUGAAGAUAACUGCAAAACGCUUGGUAACCAACCCAUCUUCCUAUACUUCUCUACUUCUCUACCCCUCAUACCUUUUCUGCACCUCCAGCAGCUUCGUGUCUCCUGGUUUGCCGCUCGACACACGGUGCUAAACACGCCUGACAACCGACUGUCGCGCCCUACAAUUCAACACAAGCACAUUACCGUUGCUCCUUGAGGCAAGAGUUCGCUGUCAUGGCUGGAAAGAAAGGGGACGGCAAAGCGGCUGCUCCUGGCAAGGGCGUUGCUGGAUCGCAGCACAGCCCAACUACGUCUGAUUCUAGUGGUUCGACGCUCGGCGGACAUGCCACUCCCGCUGUUGCUCAGCAGAGCCCCAUGAGCGCCGUUCGCUCCUCAGCGCACGACUCUUUCAAUUCUGGCCUUGAAGAGCUACUCCGAUCCGGCUUCUUUGCCAAGAACAACCCACUCUACACCGAGCGCGAUAUUCCCAACGGCGGGCAGCAGUCCUCUAGUCCUAUCGAGGCCCCAACUCGUCCUGCUCGUUACGUGCCAACCCAACCCGCAUAUCAACACCGCGCUCGCAAUGCCGGUGCCUGGGGCAAGAACCAGGCGAACAAUUACCGCUCAUCUAGGACCUGGCACUCUCCAGAGGCUCAACGCUACCACGAUUACCAGCUGGUUCGUAACGCCAUGCGUAGACUCUUCAAGAAGUCUGAAGUCGCCAAGUGGACCUACGAUGACUACAUCAAGCAUCUGGAAGCUACCCUCGCUUCUAAAAAGGCACAUCUUGAUAAGGUUCUUGCUACCAAAGAGCACGAGCGCCUUGACAAGCUGCAUAAUGGACGCUUCUAUACUUCCCCCCAGACCCUCAAGGCAAUCGAGAAAGGCUGUCUCCCGAACGGCAAUGACACCCUCCAGGGAAACACGAGCAGGGCUCUCGCAAUGAAGACCAUUUGGUGCCCCGACUGGAAGAACGGCAAGGAAGAGAUUGCCAACUGGCCUACUCUUCAGGAGAUGAAGUGGGAAGGUGACGAUCGGGCCAAGACUGGUGUUGGUCGUUUCCCGCCUCUUCCUCGUGAGAAUGGACCACCUAGCAUUCCCUGGAACCAGCUCCCAGUCGUUGAGCAAUAUGAACUCGACGAGGUCGCCCGUAUUCCUACUCUGGAGGAUGUCCUUCUUCCCGUGGAUGAGAUUCCCGACGAGGAUGCACCACUAUUCGUCGAUCAGCAUGUCUGGGAUGCUAUCGACGAGUAUCUCGAGAGUUAGAUGGUAUUCUCUCGGCACUGCAUGGCUUGAUCGAUGAAGGAAAUGGGUAACUAUAUUUCCCGGGACCAAGCCUCCACGACUUGAUCCCCUAUCCCUGACAAUGUUUGCUUGUACUAACCGACACAGUGAUGUGCGGCAGGUGAAUGAAUUAUAGACAGUCUAUAGGGCUUGGCUAUUCUGGAGCUUGUGGCUUUUUUUUGCAGUAGGAAGUAAUGGAUCGGGGGAUUUCGGUGGUAUCAACGGGGUUUGUCUCUGUUGGAAGUGUAAAGUGUAAGUCAAAACCUGAGGCGCAUGCCACUGCGCCUUUGGAUCUGCCUUCCCUUUUCUCCACUACCCCUUUCAUUUCCUACGGCUUGCCACCGUAUCAUUCCCUUUCCCUUUCGUCGAUUUCACCAUUCUUGCAUCUUCUCUACAAUAUUCCCCUUUUUGGAGCGGCCCAAACCCACUGGAUUUACUGGACACCAUCUUCGAAUGUUUUAGCCGAACUUUUAAACUCCGGAUAGACGGCAUAAACGGUUAGAUCAUCCUUUUUUCCAGUAUUGGGGCUGGUCGGAGUUUUGAGACCUGUUUUGAAACGGACCAUCUGUUCACCCUUCAAGACUGCUCAAGACCAUUACUUCAUCAUUACCCUUUCAUCAAGUUCAGGAUGCUAGAGCCACUUGAAAACGAUGGCAACAAUAUUUCCCCGGUUCAUCUUUUUCCUUUUUCAUCUUGGUUCCUCAGCUCAUCUCGACUCUUUUCAUCCUCAUGCGAAUAUUCCCGGUUUUUUUAUCCCUUUCCGGAAUCGGAGCUCAAUCCAGGGCACACAAUCAGCCUUUCUCAAUGGAAAAAAGUCACAUCGACUAUGGGGCACCAACUACGUUGCCGGACAUCUUCCCUCUCUGCCUCAUGGACAAGGAACCCGGGUAUGAUUGAAAGGCUUCGGGACACAUCUUUUUCUUCUUCUUUUUUCCAGAGUAAGCUUCUCUUUAAAGGCUUGCUGAAUCUCGUUUCAUAUUUGCUUUCACCUUUCACAUUUCCCAUACUUUCUGCUUUGAUCCACUAUAUC